AUGGUUCUAGCGAAAGAAGGUUUCUACAUUGGCAUUGAUGUCGGAACUGGGAGUGCGCGUGCUUGUCUCAUCGAUCAUCAUGGUGAGAUUGUCGAUGUAGCGUCGGAGAACAUUGGACUUUGGCAACCGGAGCAAGAAUACUAUGAACAAUCGACCUCUGAUAUCUGGCGAUGCAUCUGUCUAGUCGUCCGCCGCACGCUCGAAAACAAGCAGAUCUCACCGUCUCUCGUGCACGGGAUUGGAUUUGAUGCGACUUGCUCGCUGUCACUCUUCUCGCGCACGACCGAUGAACCAGUAUCCGUCACCGGCCCCGACUUCGACACCGAUCACAAUGUGAUACUUUGGCUGGACCACCGUGCCACGAAAGAGACCGCGGUCAUCAAUGCCAGUGGACACAAUGUGCUACGCUACGUGGGUGGGAAGAUGUCGCUGGAGAUGGAGAUCCCGAAGAUCCUGUGGUUGAAAAACAAUAUGCCGGCGGAUAUGUUUGCGGACUGCAAAUUCUUUGAUCUUGUCGACGCAUUGACCCAUAUCGCGACGGGCGGAGACACACGAAGCUUUUCCAGCAUAGUGUGCAAACAGGCAUAUAUCCCAAAGGGAGUCGAUGGAAGUGUCAAGGGCUGGCAGGAAGACUUUUUGGAAGAAAUUGGCUUAGGCGAAUUGGGUGCACGAAAUUUCGAUCGCAUUGGAGGUGUAAAUGGAGAGAACGGUCGCCAUCUGCACGCCGGUGAGUUUGCUGGGGCACUCUGUGAAAAGGCUGCCAGUGAGCUGGGCCUCAACCCGGGCACCGCCAUCGGAAGCGGCGUAAUUGAUGCCUACGCCGGAUGGAUUGGCACGGUUGGUGCGAAAGUCGACAUGGACAAAAAGGCACACAAGGCACACGCCGAUGCGGUUCUUGAAGGAUCAGAUGAGAGGAGGGAGGUUUUUUCACGGCUUGCUGUCGUGGCUGGAACCUCCUCAUGUCACAUUGCCAUGUCACCAGAUCCGGUUUUUGUUCCCGGCGUUUGGGGACCGUAUCGUGACACAAUUUUCCCAGAGUGCUGGAUGGCCGAAGGAGGCCAGUCUGCCACUGGCCAGUUACUCAAGCAUAUUGUCGAGACCCACCCAGCAUAUGAGAAAGCUUUAUCCGGUGCUCAAAGUCGAGGAAUGAACAUUUUCGACUUCCUGAACGCGCGACUGAACGAGUUGGUGCUUGAGCGGAAACAAUCCUGUGUCGCAGAUCUAGCACGAUAUUUCUUUUUCUAUGGAGACCUUUUCGGCAACCGGUCCCCACUGGCUGACUCAAAGAUGAGGGGCUCGAUUGUUGGUCUGUCGAGUGAUGUUUCUGUCGAGUCCUUGGCCAUUUAUUACUAUGGCACGUUGGAGUUCAUCGCUCUGCAAACCCAGCAGAUUGUGGAGACGAUGAAUGGAUCGGGUCACCACAUUCGAUCCAUCUUCAUGUCAGGGUCGCAGUGCCAGAACAGCAUUCUGGUCAACUUGAUUGCCUCUGCAUGCAAGAUGCCCGUAAUUGUUCCGCGGUACAUCCACGCGGCGGUGUGUCACGGGGCUGCCAUGCUCGGCGUCAAAGCUGCCAGUGUUGAUUCCGAAGGAAAAACCUCGGAUCUUUGGGACGUGAUCGACCAAAUGAGUCAACCCGGACAGGCGUUCUAUCCGUCGACAGACGAGCGUGAGAACGCGAUCUUAGGCGCGAAGUAUGAGGUUUUCUUGGAUCAAUGCGCGAGGCAGCAAGAGUACCGAGCCAUCAUGGACAGGGCGACGGUUUAA